CCCCGCCCAGAGGCCGAUUCGUCGCGGCGGCGGUGGGGAUCGCAGGUCGCUCAGGCUUGCAGAUGGGUCAGGGGCUGUGGAGAGUGGCCAGAAACCAGCAGCUACAGCAAGAAGGUUAUAGUGAGCAAGGCUACCUCAGCAGAGAGCAGAGCAGGAGGAUGGCUGCCAACAACAUUUCUAACACCAGUCAUCGUAAACAAGUCCAAGGAGGCAUUGAUAUAUAUCAUCUUUUGAAGGCACGGAAAUCUAAAGAACAGGAAGGAUUCAUUAAUUUGGAAAUGUUGCCCCCUGAGUUAAGCUUUACCAUCUUGUCCUAUCUGAACGCAACUGACCUCUGCUUAGCUUCAUGUGUUUGGCAGGACCUUGCGAACGAUGAACUUCUCUGGCAAGGGUUGUGUAAAUCCACUUGGGGUCACUGUUCCAUAUAUAAUAAGAACCCACCUCUAGGAUUUUCUUUCAGAAAAUUGUAUAUGCAGCUGGAUGAAGGAAGCCUUACCUUUAAUGCUAACCCAGAGGAGGGAGUGAACUACUUUAUGUCCAAGGGUAUCCUAGAUGAUUCACCAAAGGAAAUAGCAAAGUUUAUCUUCUGUACAAGAACACUAAAUUGGAAAAAACUGAGAAUCUAUCUUGAUGAAAGGAGAGAUGUGUUGGAUGACCUUGUAACGUUGCAUAAUUUUAGAAAUCAAUUUUUGCCUAAUGCACUGAGAGAAUUUUUUCGUCAUAUCCAUGCCCCUGAAGAGCGUGGGGAGUAUCUUGAAACUCUCAUAACAAAGUUCUCACAUAGAUUCUGUGCUUGUAACCCUGAUUUAAUGCGAGAACUUGGCCUUAGUCCUGAUGCUGUCUAUGUACUGUGCUACUCUUUGAUUCUACUUUCCAUUGACCUCACUAGCCCUCAUGUGAAGAAUAAAAUGUCAAAAAGAGAAUUUAUUCGAAAUACCCGUCGUGCUGCUCAAAACAUUAGUGAAGAUUUUGUAGGGCACCUUUAUGACAACAUCUACCUUAUUGGCCAUGUGGCUGCAUAAAAGCACAGUUGCUAGGACUUCAACUAUUAACUUCAAACUAAAGUUACCCAAGGACUUAUUUAGCAGAUAUGGGGGUUACAUUAGUGCUGGUCAUUCUAGCCUCUGUAUACAAUCAAGCUCGAGUGUACACCUUUUUUUUCCCUUUUACUAUUUUCUUUUUUAGUAAUUUCCUUGGGGAACUAAAGAAUUUUGCAGAAUUUUUCUUAAUUUUGCUUAUCAUGUUUUGCACAAAGCAGAGCCAUUGUCUGACACAGCUAUUUAAGAAUGUUCAACUGACAUUAUACUCUAAAAGAUGGUAUAUUUGUGCAUUAGAUUUGCUUGAAAAACUACUCAUUUUCAUUCUUUUUUAAAAUACCAUGUAAUGUGUACAUAUUUAACUGAAGAGAUUUAUAAUCAUAAUUAUUUUAUUGUAAAGAUUUUAACUAAAGCCCUUCCUUUUCCUCUCAAACUGAGUUCUGAAAUUUAUUUGAUUCUGAUCUGAGCUUAUUACUGUCUUCAUAAAAGUUGGAUCUGACUUAGAUAAAGA